GGGUCCAAAAUCACUAUUUGCAAAGAAUACAGGGACCAGAUUCCAAUUCGACCAUAUCCUUACUAUUAACGAUCUUCCCAUUCUCUCUCUCACCUUCUGUAGCGGAACUCUUGCAAUUCAAGUUAACAAUUUCUGCUUUUGCAAAGGUAGUCUCACCGAUUCUUUCUAAUCCUUUUCUUGGGUUUUCCCUUAAUUUUCGCACUUUAAAAUCUCAUAAGCUUCAUGUGAUUGGAUCUUGUGAUCGAAUUCGAAAACAUAGAUACUGAUGACAUUCUCAUAAUCAUUGGGUUUUAUUGUAUAGAAUGGAAUUAGCGGAUCGAGCAGUUGGGUUCUUAUUAUCUUUAAUCAGCUUAUCCAUUUUCACAUAUUAUACGUUUUGGGUCAUCAUCCUGCCGUUUGUGGAGAGUGAUAAUUUUAUCCACAACUAUUUCCUACCCCAGGAAUAUGCCAUACUGAUUCCUGUGUGUGCUGGGGUGGUGCUUCUUUGCUUCCUUUGCAUGUUUAUUGGGUUCGUCAUGCUCAAAUUCAAGAAGAAGAAAGCUUGAUGCUGCUUCACGCUCUGUUUUUGCAACAUUCCAAGGUUUGAGAAUGAAGGAGAAAGGCUUUUCUCAGGUAAACGCUGUUGUCUUUUCGGCAAACAUGCAUACUUCUUCGAUGUGAAACAGUUA